AUGCGAUUCAGCGCUCCGAGGUCUCUUUCGCCGUCGCCAGUGCGAGGGAGACGACGAAAUUCUUGCUCAUUCGGUCUGCAAGACGAUUCUGACGAGUAUGAUUCUUACUCGGAGUCAGAAUCGGAAACAGAUUCCACAGAGGAUACCUCGUCAUCUAGUUCAGCAUACUCCUCCGAUGAAGAUCCACCCCUGGCGUUACGACCAAAGCACGUUAUCCGAGAUCCCACAGAACAGCGACAGAUCGAGGACACAGUAGCUGCUAUACGAUUGCGUACACGACAUUAUGACCCUUAUGAAGAAUGGGAGAAGCAGACGCGUAAAGACGCUUUUCGCACCGCACGAAAGGAGCAAGCGAUGUCACAAACACGGCUGCAUGACGAACAGGAUCGAAUACGCGCGGCUGAGGCCAAGCGAAUCGCCGCUCACCAUGAGCAACAAUUAGCUGAGGUGCAAGGGAAACUCAAUGCGCUCAGACUUCAGCAACAGGCUGCUGAGACUAAGUUGAGAGAGGACAUGAAGGCGCGCGAUAAGUUACUAUGGCAGCGGGUCGAAUCCGUCAUUAAGAUGGAAGAGGACAAAGUGAAGGCGCGUUUGGAAAAGGAGAAGAAAGCCAGAGAAGAAGAGGAGCGUUUAGCGAAAGAGGCGGAGUUGAAGAGGCGCUUAGAGGAAGAGAAGAAGAAAGAGGAAGAGGAACGAAAGAGAAAGGAAGCAGAAGAGGCGCAGAGGCUGGUAGAUGAUAAAAAGAAAAAGGAGGAGGAAGAGGAACGUGCCCGAAUAACUGAGGAAAAAGAGAAAACGGAGAGGCUCAAGGCCGAACAAGAACAGCGAAACGCAAUGGGGAUGACAACGGCCGAGCAUGAUUGGAACAAAGCCCGAGAUAACCUUGUUCAUCUCAAAGGAAAAGCGAUGAAGUUUGUCAAGAGCAAUCCAGAGCUCAAGGCCGAGUGGGGCAAAGGGCGUCGGCAGAUCACACCCAAAAUCGGACAGCUAACAAACGAUGAGGGGGCCAUAACCCGCAUUUCUAACCAACUCGUCGAGAUUAUCCGGCCCUCCAAUGGUCCAGCCCACCAUCCAGCAGUAUACGCUGCCCUCCUCUCCUCUCUCGCCAAAGCCAUUCUUUUACAAGCCGAGACUGAAGUCACUGCCGAAAAACGGAGUGCAAUGCCCCUUGCAAAAGUGGCAUUCAACCUCCUCGACACUCUGGACCACUUCCCCGAGAUAUUCUUCGCCAAGCUCGUACAACGCGUAGGAAGCUGGCCUAUACCCGCCGUCGUUCCAGCCGUAGACAUCGAUGGGAAGCCAUGGGAAAACAGGUCCAAGGUGAUGGGAUAUAGGAAGAGCGAGAACUCUGAUGACUUGGAAUCGCCAGCAGAGUAUGGAAAUCGCGUGUCGGGGAUUAUGAGAGUUUACUUCCAUAUUCUGAAGAUACCUCCGCGUCAGCAGCCUUUGAAGCCGAUGUUUCAGCUGCCAAGGUAUUGGAUAUGGUUUGCUAGGCUGAUAGGGGAGAGGGGGCUUCUGGAGACAGCGAUAGCGCCACAGCUCAUCUACACUGCGCUUGAUGUCCUUGGAUCCGAUGCCAGAGAUAUUUGGGGCUACCAGUGGGUUAAACUUCUCGCCCUAGUAUAUGAGGGUGUUACCGCCAGCUUAGAAGGUGGCAACUUCAUCGGAAGCGAGUCUCCUGAAGGCAAAGCAGCCCGCGUUCGCGUACAACUAGAAAUCGAGAGAAUCAUGACUGGCGUGCGGUCGUAG